GCUAGGCGACAGCUACGUGACUAGCACUGGGAGCAGCCGACGUUACUUACUCAGCGGUCCUCCAGGUCCGAGUACCUGAUCUUUGGCAGGCGGAGUGCCGCUCUGACGCUCGAAGUUGCCAGGGUUAGAGAAAUAAUCCCUCAGCCUCGGAAGCUCUCUGCCUGCUUCCAACAGUUCGGUGUGAAACUCCAGGGCCGUGAGGAUGUAUUGGUCCCGUAAUAGCUGUGCAGCAAUACCGUCCACCGAUAUCCGUGUCUCGGUGGUGCCUGCCAUAGCGGUGGUGGCCGCGAUCGAGACCGAGCCCUCACCACUGGGGCUCGUCCGGUUGCUAGACAGCAGAAGUGUCGGGGGCUCGGCGUCCGCAGGCGGAGAGAAAGAAUUACCUGGCGGCGGCCCUGGCGCCCCAUCACUGGGACCUCUCUCUGUGUCAACUGUUUCAUUGGGUCGCCGUUCAGCCUCCUCCUCAGAAUCACUGAGAUUGAACGGGUUGACCGACGCCAUUUUUGCACUAUAAGGAUUCUUAGCACGCUAAGCUAGCUAAGCUAACCAGAACCGCCUCUUCCUGAAUGGAUAUCAAGCUAGCGAUCAUAGGUGGCUUUGACAAGGGGGGAGGAAUGCCAAGCUAUGAAUGGCCAAAUUUGACCCACAGCCCGCCUCUUUUAUGGGAUAGUAGAACAUGAUUGGAUAAUAGCGAGACAGAAAGGAAAACUGGGCAGGGCACAUUUGACAGCUGGUAGCCUAUGCAAGCUAAUGUGUUAUCAAAGAACCACAAGCUGUGAUAAUAGCAUUUGCUAGUGAAACUGCACUAUAACACAUAUAGAUUGACAAUUAAACUCAACGUAAUAUUUUUUUCAUUUUGAUAAAUAGCGUUUCAAAAAUAUUCGUAGAAAGCUCGCUGGAAACAUUUUGUUUAACUACAGUACCCACAAUUCAGCUGCAAAGUAUAAACUUCCGACGUACAUACGUCACCGUAAAACCUCAAAGUCACAACAAGGAAGUGAAUGCUCAUGUUACCUGAAUUUCUUGUACUAAUCUUCUUAGAAAGAAGGACGGUUGGGUGUGUUGGAGGGCGCAUUUAAAGAUUACGUUGAUCUUGUUCCGCACAAUAGAUCUGUCGCGUUCUGUCGACAUCUCCGAAGAUAACAUGGAAUCUAAAUCCUGUGAAUGGGCUGUAGUUACUUAGAUACUUCUGAUCUCCUAUUCAUUCAUUAACGAGCCAGCGCUCCUCGUUGUUGUGUGCAGAUUCCACUGACAAGUUACAGACCCAGCUCGGUGCUGAGGAAAAUGAGGAUGAUCACCUUCCUCUUGGUUGGACUAACAGUCCAUGUGGUCUUCUUCCUCUCUAUCUUUGACAUCUACUUCACCUCUCCCCUGGUCCAUGGCAUGACACCCCAGGUCACACCCCUGGCACCCCCUGCGUCCAGACUGGUGUUAGUGGUGGGCGAUGGUCUCCGAGCAGACAGUCUCUUCUCACUCCUCCCGAACGGCUCGUCCAGGGCCCCAUACUUGAGGAGUGUGAUUGAGGAGAAGGGUACCUGGGGUGUGUCACACACACGCGUGCCCACUGAGUCUCGUCCCGGUCAUGUUGCUCUCAUUGCUGGCUUCUAUGAGGAUGUUAGUGCUAUUGCCAAAGGUUGGAAGGAGAAUCCUGUAGAGUUUGACUCUGUGUUUAAUGAGACCCGACACACCUGGAGCUGGGGCAGCCCUGAUAUUCUGCCAAUGUUUGCUAAAGGUGCCAGUGGAGACCAUGUGUAUACCCACACAUACCCAGCAGCGGAGGAGGACUUUGCCUCCACAGAUGCCUCCAGGCUGGACACCUGGGUGUUCACUCAAGUCAAAUCAUUCUUUCAGUCAGCAAAGUCUAACUCCAGCCUGAGGGCCAGUCUGCUUGAGGAUGAGAAUAUCUUCUUCCUGCAUCUGCUGGGCCUCGACACAAACGGACACGCUCACAGACCAAUGUCACAGGAGUACCUGGAAAAUAUUGGUCUCGUAGACACCGGUGUCGCUGAACUGGUGUCUAUGGUAGAAGACUUCUUUGGUCAUGAUGGAAGAACGGCCUAUGUGUUCACCUCUGACCAUGGCAUGACAAACUGGGGUUCACACGGUGCAGGUCAUCCCUCUGAGACACUCACCCCUUUAGUGGUGUGGGGAGCAGGAGUUCACAGUGCCCACAAAGUCACUGAACCACAACCAUACACUGAUGGCUUCCUACAAGAUUGGAAACUGGAGCAUCUUCGAAGAGUUGACGUCAAUCAGGCAGACAUCACUCCCCUCAUGGCUUCUCUCAUUGGUGUCCCCUUUCCUGUUAACUCAGUUGGUGUGUUACCUCUUCUCUACCUUAACAACAGUGACCACUUCAAGGCGGAAAGCAUGUACACGAAUGCUAUUCAAGUACUAGAGCAGUACAAGAUAAAAAUGACCCAGAAAAAGGAGACAACCUUGACUUUUCUCUUCACCCCAUACCAACCUCUGACUGAGUCAAAGCAAUUAGAAUUGAUCCACAAGGCUAAAAUACUGAUUCAGCUGGAGAAGUAUGAAGAUACUAUUUCCCUGUGCCGGUCUCUGAUAGGCCAUGCUCUGGAGGGCCUGGCCUACUACCACACAUAUGAUAGGUUCUUUCUGGGUUGUAGUGUGGUGCUGGGAUUUGUAGGCUGGACCUCAUAUGUAGUCCUAGUCAUACUGAAGACUCAUGCCAACCUCAACAGACGCCCCAGUCUCCUCCGACAGAUUCCCGGCCAUGCCUUGGUGAGGCUGUGUUUGUGUGUGACAGUGGUGAUCACUGUGUUCCUGCUUAUCCAAAGGAGCCCCGUUACCUACUAUGUGUACUGCCUGCUGCCUGUCCCUUUAUGGUACUCUGUCCUUAAAGAGUCUGGAACUCUGACAGAUUUAAUUCGCUCAGCUCCCUCUCUGCCACUGUGGAAGUGUUUUGGCUAUUUUGUGCUGGUGUCGUUUGGGAUCGAGCUACUGGUGGUGAGUUUCUUCCAUCGCGCCAUGCUUACUGUGGGCCUGGCUAUCCUCUCUCUCUGGCCCUUCCUGUCGGGACUUUAUGUCAAGGCCAAGUUCUGUUCGGUGAGCUGGUGUGUGGGCUGUCUGUGUUUGGCUGCUUUCCCCCUGAUGCCUGUUGUGGGCAGAGAGCCUAAUAUACAUCUGGUUACCUUUGCAGGUCUACUCGCUAUCUUCACUUCAGCCUGUUACCUCUGGUCAUCCAGACGGAGAACAACACUGCACCUGAGUGACAGACAGCAGUUUGUCACCCAGAUGCUCCAUGUGGCAGUGUGCGCGUACAUUCCAUCCCUCACACACUCCAGCCUGCAGCAGAAACAGGGCCUGCCACUUUUUAAUCAGAUCAUCAGCUGGACCACACUAGCAUCUUCUAUGCUCGUUCCAUUGAUGAGCUCAACGCGUCUUUUCCACCGACUCCUCAGCAUAUUCCUCUCUCUCACGGGCACAUACCUACUGCUCAGCACUGGGUCAGAGGCAUUGUUCCCCCCUGUGUUAUCUUGGCUGAUGUUUGUGUGGAUCAACAUUGAACAGGAAGCUAUGCUUGCUCAGGGUGUCUCUGGCAGACAAGAGCUCUCCACAAUUGAUUUCUCCGCAAACAUUGACAUCGCCAAGAUCCGACAACUGAAGUUGGAUGACAUCAGGAGAUCGUAUUUUUUUGUAUUUUUUAUAAUAACAGCUUUCUUUGGCACAGGGAACAUAGCUUCCAUUAACAGUUUUGACCCAGCGUCUGUUUAUUGUUUCCUCACUGUCUUCAACCCCUUCAUCAUGGGAGGGCUGAUGAUGUGGAAGGUACCAUACAACUUUGUUUCUAUGGUUAUCAUUCCAUUCAUAAUAGUAAUGUGCACCUUUGAGACCAUCCAAGUUGUAACACAGCUCUCCUCAAGAAGUUUGUUCCUCAUUGUCCUGGUCAUCUCCGACUUGAUGGCUCUGCACUUUUUCUUCCUAGUGCAGGACUACGGAAGCUGGUUGGACAUUGGCACAAGCAUUAGCCAUUACGUGAUAGUCAUGUCCAUGACCAUCUUCCUGAUGUUGCUCAGUGUGGUCACACACAUUCUCACCUCACAAAGACUCAUUCUCUGGAGACCCAAGAUGCACUACCCCUAAAUAGACGCGUUUGUGUGUGCAUGCACACAUUCUAGUUGAACCCAAUAUUUGGUACUUAUUUUAUUUAGAUUUUGUAAAGAUAUUUUUCAUCUAGCGUUUGCCCCUUAAGCCAUAUUUUUGUUGUAUAAACUAUAGUUUAUUGUUUUAGGACUCAAUAUAGUGUAUAGUACUUUGCAAAAGUCUCACACCACUUGACUAAAUUGUUGUUGAGUUUUGGAAACCCCCUCUUAUAUAUAUUCUACUCUCUCAUCUAUGACAUAGAUAAUUACUCAGGUGUACCUUCUCAGAUGAAAUACUAAGUUAUUCUUCUCAACAGUUGUGGUCUACCUUGUAUUAAUAUAGAAUAAACACUUGUGGUCUAAGACUUUUUCACAGUACUGUUUUCACCGUAUUGUCUUGUACACUCAGUCUCUGUUCCAAAGUCAUUGUUUUUACAUUAAUGAUUGAUGAAUUGACUAAGAACACUUGAAUAUUUAACUGUACAUUGUACCUUUGCCAAGCGUGCUGAUUUAUGAUCCACUCAAGAAAGGUAACUUGAUAACCCCAUUUCCUGUGAAGCUGCGUGAAACACAUCCUUGUUGAGAAGGAAUGGGGAGUUAUUUUAAUUUAUUUUGAGUACUGUAUUUUUCUAGUCGAACUGAGGCAGUGAAAUGGAAACGGGAAUUCCCAUCAAGUGACCUGUGUGUUGUAUUGACUGCAACCAAUAACAGGAUUACAUUUGGUGUCAGUAAAUGUCAUGUGCUCUUUGUUUGUACAUCAGUUUACACCGUAACCCUAGGGUGGGCUUAGAAACUCAAGAUGGGAAAGUAAAGACUAAAACAUUCUUGUAAUGCUGCUACAGUCCAGAUGCUCAUAUGAUGUAGCUUGAGAACCCAGUGGCCAGCACUGGGAUUGUGGUUGCAUUUGAAAAUGUGUAAAUGCUUGUAUUGUAAAUAAGAACAUUGAGAUGUGGUGCUUUGGUUAGAAUGUUUUAAUAAAAAAAUACAACUUUGUUUUUCAAAUCAACCCAUAAGACAAAGGACAAAAGGAUUACACAUUAGCUGCAAUGUACUGACUAAACUCAUGUAUGCAUUCCAAAGCUAUUACUGAGAAAAUAGUUCCACCUUGCUUUGUGGUCAGGGUAGUUACAAGGGGUUUUCCUCUGCUGUUCUCUGUUGGGAAAUGCAGUGAGGUGUUUUCUGAAUAUGGUUAUAAAUAACAGGUCGAUAAAUUUCAGCUCCAUUGCAGACUCCAAUGCCUGCAAAGUCACCCCUUCUGUUGAGCACAAGCUGUAGUUGCAGUAAAUGCUUCUUAACUAAGUGCUUGCUGAUCGACAAUAGAAAACACAUUUGUUAACAUUACUGUCAUUUAGCAGACGCUUUUAUCCAAAGCGACUUACAAUUCAG